CAUUGUGGGUAAAACAGUCGUGUGGAAAAUGUUCAGAAGAGAAGACAACAACUCACACUUAUAUGGUGAACAAAAUACUUCACUAUGAAGAGUGUUUUUGUCCUUGCUGACAAAGCCUGGGUGGGUUCUAACCUGCUGUAUAAGUGGCAGAAAAGCCUUGGUAAUUACAUCGCUGUUGCUGGACAGGACAACACAGUGAAAAUAUUUGACCGACAUGGACACAAAUGGACAGAACUCAACCUUCCAGGGCGUUGUGUGGGGAUGGACUGGGAUAAGGAUGGUGACAUUCUAGCAGUAAUAGCCUCAAAAUCCAACUCCAUCUGUCUCUGGGAUGCCAGCGUCAAUAAAACGACCCAUAUAGAAAGUGGGCUGAGCAAAGAUCAGAUGUCGUUCAUUUUGUGGUCAAAGACUGGUCCUCUGUUGGCUGUUGGAACGGCAAAAGGAAACCUGUUGAUCUACAAUCAGCAAACGUCACGCAAGAUCCCCGUACUGGGUAAACACACCAAGAAAAUCACCUGUGGGUGCUGGAGUUCACAAAAUUUACUGGCUCUUGGAAGUGAUGACAACAUUCUGAGCAUCAGCAAUCAUGAGGGAGACACCAUCAGACAGACAACGUUUCGUGGCGAGCCUGCAGACAUGUUCUUUUCCUUGAUGAAAACAGAUGAAAGGUCUUCUCAAGGGGAGAGCACCAUUAGUUUGUCUUUGGACAAGAAGUCACUGAUUCUUUUCAACAUCAAUGACCUGGAAAACCCAAUAAAGUUGGCCUUUCAGCGACGCUAUGGAAAUAUUGUGUCCUACCACUGGUAUGGUGAUGGAUAUAUACUCAUCGGCUUCUCCCACGGAUACUUUGUGGUUAUUUCCACACAUAUCAGGGAGAUAGGGUGUGAGAUCUACCAGACUCGCAAUCAUGAAGAUUGUCUCAACAGUGUGGCCUACUCACCUGCACUAAACAAAGCUGCUUCUUGUGGAGAGAACAGCAUAAAGAUCCACGAGCUCUCUGAAUCCAAAGGCAUCAGCAACGUAGUUAAACUGGAUGAUGAAAUUAAAGGGCUGGAUCAGCUCAGCUGGACGGAUGAUGGUCAGCUGUUAGCGGUUUCUACACAGAAAGGGACGCUCCAUGUGUUCUUGUUUAAGCUGCCCAUCCUGGGGGACAGUUUCGGUACGCGGCUGGCCUACCUCACCUCCCUGCUCGAGGUCACCGUCUCCAACCAGGUGGACGGGGAGAGUCCCGUGGCCAUAGAGGUGGAAGUGGAGCCCACAUUCAUUGCCUUGGGACCCUAUCACGUGGCAGUGGGGAUGAACAACAGAGCCUGGUUUUACGCCCCGGUGGAGCAAAAACCUGGUUUCAGAAAGCUAAAGGACAUCGAGUAUCUGGGGACAAUCGCCAGCAUGUGCCUUAACUCAGACUACGCGGCAGCUUUGUUUGAAGGAAAAGUGCAGCUGCAUAUGAUUGAAGGGAGAGAUCAGGAGGAGAGGAAGCAGAUGAAGCUUUUUCCAGAUGAUGACAGAAAAGGCCGGAUCCUUUGCCACGCCCUCACCGCUGACUUCCUCUACUACGGCACUGACUUGGGCAACGUGGUGUGUGUGUUGGUGGAAGAUUGGGAGACGGUGAGCAGCUACAGCCAUUCAGUCGGUGUGAGGAAAGUGUUUCCUGACCUAAACGGCACAGGGCUGGUGUUCAUCGAUGACAAAAACGGCGGCUUCCUGUACCUUCCUGCAAAUGCAACAGCCUCCUGCUUUGAGCUUCCCAAUUUUUCCCCCACCAUCACAGGAGUGCUGUGGGACACCUGGCAUGCAGACAGAGGAGUGUUUGUUGCCUAUGACGAUGAUAAGGUCUACACCUACGCCCUCCAUAAAACUACAAUACACGGCCCACAGGUGGUGUUGGUGGGCAGCACUGCUCUCCUCUUUUCCCAGAAACCUUUGCUCCUGUACAACGGCGAGCUGACCUGUCAGACGACAAGUGGUAAAACCAGCGAAGUGGCUCUGAGCACGCACUCGUUCCUCAAGAGCCCGAGUGACACAGCGACCGAUUCACCGCCAGACCUCAAAAACCAGCUCGCCCAGGCUCUCAUGCUCAAAAGGUUUCAUGAGGCCUGGACCUUGUGCAAGUCUGGAGGCAGCGAUGAAGAUUGGUCUGAGUUAGGCAGAGCCUGUCUGGUCCACAUGGAGGUUGAGCUUGCCAUCCAUGUCUACCGCAUGAGCAGAAACGUGGGUAUGGUCAUGUCACUCCAGAAAAUCCAGGGUAUAGAGGAUAAGAAUUUACUGGCAGGACAUUUGGCCAUGUUUCUGGAUGACUACGACCUGGCCCAAGACCUUUAUCUUUCAUCUAGUUGUCCAAUUGCUGCUCUGGAGAUGAGAAGAGAUUUACUGCACUGGGACAUGGCUCUGAAGCUGGCCAAGAGGCUUGCAGAGGACCAGAUUCCCUUUAUAUCCAAAGAGUAUGCAGUCCAUCUGGAGUUUAUUGGAGAUUAUGUUAAUGCACUGGCACACUAUGAAAAAGGGAUUACUCACAAUAAUAAAUUCCAAGAGCACGAUGAGGCGUGCCAGGCAGGACUAGCCAGAAUGUCCAUCAGGAUGGGCGACAUUCGCCGAGGAGCCGCUCAGGCCAUUCAGCACCCGAGCAGAGUCCUCAAAAAGGAAUGUGGAGCCAUUCUGGAGAGCAUGAAGCAAUUCUCUGAAGCUGCUCAGCUAUAUGAAAAAGGCCAGUAUUAUGACAAGGCUGCAUCCGUUUUUAUUCGCUGCAAAAACUGGCCGAAGGUGGGAGAGUUGCUCCCGAAUGUCUCCUCUCCGAAGAUUCACCUGCAGUAUGCGAAGGCCAAAGAGGCUGAUGGAAAGUACAAGGAGGCAGCGCAGGCCUACGAGAAUGCAAAAGACUGGGACAACAUGAUCCGUGUGCUGCUGGACCACCUGAAGAGUCCAGAGGAAGCCGUUCGCAUCGUCAGGCAGACACAGAGCAUCGAUGGAGCAAAGAUGGUAGCCAGGUUCUUUCUGCGGUUGAACGACUACGGCUCGGCCAUCCACUUCCUGGUUCUGUCUCAGUGCAAUGAUGAAGCGUUCCAGCUGGCGCAGCAGCACGGACAGAUGGAAAUCUACGCAGCCAUCAUCGGCUCUCAGGCAACACAGGAGGACUACCAGAGCAUCGCUCUGUACUUCGAGGGAGAGAAGAUAAACCUGCAGGCUGGCAAGUUCUUUCAGAAGUGUGGGCAGUACAGCAGGGCUCUGAAGCACUUUCUUAAGUGUCCGAACACGGACGACAACCAGGCGAUCGAGAUGGCGAUUGAGACGGUGGGCCAGGCCAAGGACGGCUCUCUGACCAAUCAGCUGAUAGAUUACCUGAUGGGGGAAAGUGAUGGUAUACCCAAGGAUGCAAAGUACCUGUUCCGUCUGUACAUGGCCCUGCAGCAGUACAGGGAGGCGGCUCACACCGCCAUCAUCAUCGCCAGGGAAGAGCAGUGUGCAGGAAACUACCGUAAUGCCCAUGACGUGCUGUUCAGCAUGUACACUGAGCUGCAGGCUCAGAAUAUUAAGAUCCCUGCUGAGAUGGCCACCAAUCUGAUGAUCCUGCACUCCUACCUGCUGGUCAAGCUCCAUGUGAAGAGAGGAGACCACCUAAAGGGGGCACGGCUGCUCAUUCGCGUCAGCAACAACAUCAGCAAGUUUCCUGCUCAUGUGGUUCCCAUUCUGACGUCAGCGGUCAUCGAAUGCCACCGCGCCGGUCUGAAGAACUCAGCAUUCAGCUUUGCUGCCAUGUUGAUGAGACCAGAGUACCGAAAUCACAUUGACGCAAAGUACAAGAAAAAGAUUGAAGCCAUGGUUCGACGUCCAGACACAUCCGAAAUUGAGGAGGAAACUACUCCCUGUCCCUUCUGUGGCUUCCAGCUGUGCCAAAAUGAGCUGCUGUGCAUCUCCUGCAAGAACAACAUUCCCUACUGUCUUGCCACGGGUCGUCACAUGCUGAAAGAAGACUGGUGCAUCUGUCCUCAUUGUGAAUUUCCUGCUCUCUACUCACAGUUUCUUCUGUUGCUGGAAACUGAGAACACGUGCCCCAUGUGCUCCGAGAUCCUGAUUGUUCAACAAUUGAAAAAGAUCUCCGAUUGUUCCAAAUACCUGCAGAAUACGGAUGCAGAUCAAUGAUGAACACAGACGUGAGCCUGGCAUCAACCCAGGGACCAAAUAUACUUUAUUUUUAAAGUUAUAUUUAGUUGGGCUUUUUUUUUAAUCACAUUACUUAUGUCCCCUAUAUGGCACUACCUAAGAGUCAGACAUGAUUUUUACUCAGUGAAUACACCCUGCAACAAAAUCUGCAUUUCUUGCUGUGAUAUUAUCUCUGACUGAUAUUCUACCAACAUCAGAUGAUCAGCUGAUUGAUCGCAGCCAGUCAGCUGUUACACUGGCGUCACCAUCAGUGAGCUCAACUUUCACAGCAGAAUAAAAAGUGUAUAAUACUAUGUGUGUGCGUGUGUGUACACACACAUAUAUUACACUUUGUGUAAAAACUUGUCCAUCAUUAAAAAGAAGUCUGACUAGGGAGGGUUUGGAAUCUGUAUAAAAAUGUAUUUUUCUCCUUGUAAUAUCUUUGAAUAAAUGGAUUGUAAUAAUAAAAUAAAUUAUGAG